AGGAAAUUGCUGGAAAACAAGUUGACGCCUACGUGACUCACUGACUUGACCUGACAGGCAGAGGAAAAAGCAGAGCAGAGAGGAGAACAAAGUCCUGAAACAUUAAUUUCAACUCCGGUUUAAUGGUGUUUGCAGUGACAGUCGUAGAAACAGUCGUCUUUAACUACAUUAUUUCUCACAAUGAAAUGGCAGCUACUUUGAAUAUAUUAUUUUAUGUUGAGCUAUAAAUCUACUGGCAGAGUGAGUUGCGCUGCACCCUAACCUCUGGGAGAGUGAAGAGGCUGCUUUGUUUGUCUCAAUUUUGGAGAGCAGGUGUUAUGGAUCUACAUUAUUUCCUGAGCUGGAAAGUUUCCCUGCUGCUUCUCUUGGUGCCAUGUGGGCUGCAGUGUAUGUCAGUGCACAUCGUCAAUCAGGAGCCUGUGCAUGUGAUACCAGGACAACAACUGUUACUGAAGGCUCGGAUCGAGCAUGGACCCCUGGAAGAAGUCUCCUCUGUGACCUGGGAGUGGGAGGCCGAAACUGGAAUUACCCAGGAGCGAGUGACACUGGCCACGUGCCCGGGCAGGAGCCUCAAGUGUGCGGGCAUCAGGCCAAAUGUCCAUGUGAAUAUCGGGGAGCAGGAGACAACACUUGAGAUUAAUGGGUACAACGCAGCAGACGGCGGCCUGUACACUCUUACUGUGACGGAUCACAGAGGGGCCAAAACCAGUGCACAAUGCAUCGUCAGGGAAUAUGAGGAAGUACACCAUGUCUCCGUCAGCAUCAACGUGUCUCACUCCACGCUGGUUUGUGGCGAGGCCUGGGGCACUGACCCCCACUUCAGUUGGCUCCAUGAGAGAGCGGCCAUCACUAACUCAGUGGGAAGAGUCUCCAAAGAUGGAAUAACAUUGUUGGUGACAAAGACUCCCAUCUGUGGCCAUUUCACCUGCAUGGUCAGCAACAAGCUGGGCCAUAGUUCUGCCACCUACACUGCAGCACCUUGUGAGGCAGAGGGCAGAGGGACAACAGCAGCUGUAGUGUGUCCCAUCCUCCUGCUGCUGGUUGGAGGAGUGCUGGCAUUUGUGCUGUGGAGGCGACACCGGCACAGCAACAGAGGAGAGAGGCUGCACGAACAUUUGGAUGACACCAUCUAAAAAAGGCCAAAGAUACACUUCUGUUUCUCAGAGAGGAGAAAACAGGAAAUGGACUAAACCGCGAGGCUGCGACUUCAUGUCCUGUGAGCAGAAUGACCUUUGGAACAAUGUGACGAGUGAACUGCUUGCUGGCAAAUAAAAAAAAAACAUCUAAAAAUGGAUAUUAAAUGUGUAGUGCCAUCGAUGUCUUGGCACUGCCUCCUGCUGGUCUGUACCUGACACUGUGUAUUUGUUAAAGUGAUAUUUUUAUAUUAUCUUAUGUAUGAGAUGUGAAUUGUUUUGAAAUGUAUCUUCAAAUGCUGCCUUCAUAAUAAAAUCCCUUCACAGAGUGAAACAAAA